AUGGUAGACGUUCUUUUGCCUGGCGAUAUUUUACCUGAAACAAGCUCAUUAAAGGUUGUUGGACGUGGUAUAGUAAAGCGAAUCGGUAAAGAUGACGAGUUAGUGGCUAUAGCCCCAGGGCUUAGAAAUGCUAGAGAAGGAAAACAUUGGCUGGACAUUCAUGCACGAAGGUACAUUCCUCAAAAAGGUGAUAGAAUCAUUGGAAUUGUAUGCCCAAAUGUCAGUGGGGAUAACUUCAAAAUUGACAUAGGAUGCGCUGAUAAUGCAUUCGUAAAUUUCCUUUCUUUUGAAGGUGCCACGAGACGGAAUCGUCCAUCCCUAAAAACCGGCGAUUUAAUUUAUGCUACUGUGAUUUCUGCGUCGAAACAUGCAGAACCUGAAUUGAGCUGUGUGGAUUCAGAAGGACGAGCCAAGGGUAUGGGUGUUUUGCCGCCCAAUGGUUUUGUCUUCAAAACUAGUCUAAAUUUGGUUCGCAGAAUUCUUUCGCCUUCUUCAAGACUUUUGCCACUUAUCGGGCGCCACCUCAAGUUUGAAAUCGCUUGCGGGGUAAAUGGACGAGUUUGGGUAGCUGGCGAUAAACAUAAUGAAAUCUGUGCAGUUUGCAGGAUGAUUCGUGAUUCAGAGUUUGUUCCAGAGGAUGAGAUUUUAGACUUUGUUGAGGAAGGCAUAGGAAAAUUGCGAAAUAUAAGUUGA